AUGCAUAUAUCACGCAAAUUGGAUGAGAGUAACUUACUCAAAAGACCCUCUGCUCGUGAGGAAGACAAACGAGCUUGGAAGACCAUUCACAGGAGCAAACCUGACUCUUAUAAAACCUCCUCUGAUAAUUCAUCCUCAUCUUCUGAAGAUGAAGAAUCUGAUGCUGAUUCUGCUUAUUCUGUAUACUCUGAGGUGCCUGAACAUGUAUCAAAAUCUGAUUAUGAAAACGUUAUUACGGAUACUGCAGGGAAACCUUUAUUUAAUCCAGAUAAUAUGAAAAAUCCCCAUUCAGCCGAUGGCUCAUGUAGCCAAAUACCUUAA